CGUUUGAUUCCUAUAUGUCAGAGGCACAACAAAUUGGGUGUUAUUCUGCGCCCGAAAAACCGAUUUUAGUACAAAAUGAACAAGAUAGACCACAACCAAGAUUUGAUAGAGAUAAUGGUAAUGGGUAUAGUGUUACUGUUGGUAGAAUUAGGAAAUGUAAUGUAUUCGAUAUUAAAUUUACUUUGUUAGUGCAUAAUACUGUGUUGGGUGCGGCCGGAAGUGGGAUUUUGAAUGCUGAAAUCGCUCUUGCUAAAGGAUUGAUAGAAAUUUAA